AUGCCUCCUGACUCACUUCUGCCCAUCUCUGCACCGCUCUUUACCAGUGCAGAACUGGACGCAGCGGCCGUGCCACAGGACUGCUUCAAUCGCUCGCUCUUAACACGAGUUAAGACCCCAGGUUUCAAACUUAUCGCCCCUGGGCUAGAGGUCCCGCAUGAUAAGGAGGCGUUUGUGAGGCGCCAGAGGUUUACCAACAUACCUCAUGAAAAGGAUAGCAUCCCAGGCGUCCUACUUUUUGCAGCUCCAGACCGGUUAGUGGAUCUCAACCUCGAGAUUCGUCGCUUGUUCUCCAUCGCACAUGAGAAUGUGAGCAUGAACGACAACGAUCCUGUCCCCACUGGACUCUACAGUGAACCUCGCCACUUUCGGGAACUAACUACUCCACUAUGA